AACACAACAGAAAAGACUGCAGCCCCCCGCCUGCACGCAACCAACCUCCCUCCGUCAAAUUUUACAAAUGGCUGAAUCGGAAUCUAUUUUCUGAAGUUAUAAAUUUCGUGAACAUUACUAUAGGUAGCUCAUUAGUUUUAUGAGUGUUUUACAGUGUCGUUGCAUUGUUCGUAUCUUUCGUAAUACAUUGAUACAUAUAAUGACGAAAGGAAGAUUGGUGAAAGCAAGAGUGAAGCACAGUUAACCGUGACAACACAUAACCUCAAUUUGGGUACAAAAUGGAGCUACCGCAGCCUCCACAAGAUCAAGACCUACGCAACAUCAUCGACAAACUUGCGCAGUUUGUCGCUCGAAAUGGCCCGGAGUUCGAGAAGAUGACCAAGAACAAACAGAAGAAUAACCCCAAGUUUAGCUUUCUGUAUGGCGGGGAAUUCUUCAACUAUUACCAGUACAAAGUGACAACAGAGCAAGCAAUUCUAAAGCAAUCGGCCGGUGGCCAGCCGGCUCCAGCUCCCGCCGGGGCUUAUAUGGCACAGAACAGGCAAUAUGUAAUGCCCCAACAGGCCGGCGCGACGGCCGCCCAGCUCGGGCUCGCGGCUUCGAUGGCGGCGGCGCCUGCGCUGCAGCAGUGGCUGGCGGCCAACUCCGCGCCUGCUCCUCCUCAUACCAACACAGAAGUUGACAACGUGAACACUCAGAUAGCACUUCUAAAAGAGCAAAUCACUCAAUCUGAGAAUAAUCUGAAUGCUCAACACACGGUGUUGAUUCAACAACAACAGGCUAAGAUCAAUGAGCUGGUGAGCAAAGCGCAAGUGGAGACCAUCCAGAUAAUGGCUGAAGAAAAUAAUAUCAGCCUCACUGAACUGGAUGCUAUUCUGCAACCAAUAAUUGACACUUGUACUAAAGAUAGCAUUUCGUCAGGUAAAGGCUGGAUUUUACAGCAUGCCACAUCAUUUGAUGCUGGCAAAGUGAUUUCGCAGCAUCUUCUUCGUAAAGUCACUCAACCAGGAGCAGCAUUCACUCAGAAGCUUCACAUCAUAUACCUUGUCAAUGAUGUCCUCCAUCACUGUGCACGCAAAAAUGCUGAAGAUCUCAAGAAAAAUUUGGAAAAUGUGGUGGUUCCCAUGUUUUGCAAUGCCAGUAUAGCCGUCACAGAGGAGCAGGAGGCUAAGUUAAACAAGCUACUCCGGCUCUGGGAGUCCAAGUCCAACUAUUUCGAGACAUCAGUCAUAGACAAGAUGAAGAGUCCCACCAGUUCAUAUCAAGAGUAUCAAAAUAAUUUGAUCGCUCAGCACUCCAAUGCAAUCUCUCAUUUGACACAACAAACUAAAACAACUUUUGAAAAUUAUCAAACACAGCACCAAGCAUUCGUUUCGCACACAAUGCAACAGAUUCAGCAAUUGGAAAUGCAAAAGCGGGCUCUUGAACUGCAGAAUCUGGAACAAAAAGAAAGUAUGCAACAGCAAAACAAUGUACCGAAUAAUUCGUUUCAAAAUAAUAAUUACGAUCAGAAUUUUUCACAAAUGGGAAAUUAUGAUCAAUGUAAUAAUUCAUACAACCAACAAUACGGCAGUGAAAGCGGCGACAACUAUGCUUCCAACAACAGUUUAAGUGGUAACGAGAACAGUUAUGACAGUCAGACAUUUGACCAAAUGACCAGUCAUAAUAAUAAAAAAUUGGAAAAAGAGACUGAAGAACCUGACUUAUCUAUUUUGCCAAAUAUAAAUUUCUCGCAACCUCCGCCUGGGUUCGAACCUGCAGAGAACUCUGCACUACGAGCAUUCCAAAAUGGUCUUCCAGAUCUUAGUAAGCCUCCACCAGGUUUCCCACCGUUCCCAGAAAUUAAUAAUGAAGAUUUGAUGCCCUCAGUACCAUAUUUUGAAUUACCUGCAGGAUUGAUGGUGCCUCUUAUAAUGUUGGAAGAUGACAGGUACAAGCCGUUAGAUCCAGCGCACAUCCGGCUGCCGCCGCCCGCGCCGCCCAACGAGCGGCUGCUGGCGGCCGUGGACGCCUUCUACGCCGCGCCCAACCACGAGCGACCCAGAGACAAUGAGGGCUGGGAAAAACUCGGUCUAUAUGAGUACUAUAAAGCCAAAAAUGCAGCUAGGAAAAAUAAAGAGGAGGCCAUUGCGCAAGGCAGGAGAGAGAAGUCAAAAUCUCCAAGUCCAAUCCCCAAGGAUCUUCAGAAACAACCCACACCGCCUGGCAGAAGAUACAGAUCAAAGAGUCGAACACCUGAAAAACCAUCACCAGCAAAAUCAAGAUCGAGAACACCGUCUCCCAGAAGAAAAUCAUCUUCUUGGAGAAGAGACAGAGAAAGAGAUGGUCGGCGAAGAUCUCGGUCGCGGUCGCGCAGCAAGUCUCGAGAGCGCGCUCGCGAGCGCCGCGCCGAGCGCGAGCCCUCUCCGCCCAGCUUCAUGGGCAGUGGAAACUCAUUCCCAAGCACGUCAGGUGGCAUAGACUCUACGAACAAAGGGCAUCAGUUGCUGCAGAAGAUGGGCUGGAGCGCCGGCGGCCUGGGCGCCUCCGGGCAGGGCAUCGCCGAGCCCAUCAGCGGGGGCGCCAUCAGGGACAAACAAGAUCAGUAUAAAGGUGUUGGUGUAAAUCUUAAUGACCCCUAUGAAAACUUCAGAAAGAACAAAGGUGCAGCAUUUAUUACAAGAAUGAAGGAGAGAGCUCUAGAGCGGUCAUCGUGAUUGUGGCUAGAUAUGAUUGGUGUAAAUGUGUACAAUGAGAUUGUGUGUGAGAUAAUGAUUUAUUUUAACUAAAUCAUCAAUAAACUUUAUGAAUUUUA